AUGUCAACAACAGAGAACACAACAACUGCUAUCGUUCAUGAAGCUAUAAAUGAAGAAUACGAGUACAUACAGUUUAACAAACAACUCCGUCUCAUUCGUUCGGUCAAAGACGAUAUGUACCAAAUGCAAAGUAUUUUGACAGCAUGUUUUGCUCCAGAUACUAAGAAACCACAAGACUGGUUUAGGAACCAAAGCACUAUUGAACUAUUAAAUGAAGCUGAAAAUUCGACUACGGAUUUUUUCGUAGUCGCAAAAACUCGAGUAAGUAAAAAACCGCAGUCGCCAAAACUCUAUGAAAACAGUGAAGAACAGCGAGUAAGUAAAAAACCCCAGUCGCCAAAACUCUAUGAAAAUCGUGAAAAAUUGCCAAACGGUUUGAGAGGAUAUUAUGUACAUAGACUUCUUGUAAAUGCUGUUGCAAUGUGGGCUUCGCCUCGUUAUGCUUGGUAUAUUUACAGACUUCUUGACGAAAUUCAUAGACAAGAACGUGAAGAGCUAGAGAACAAGCUUGAAGCAAAAGACAAAAGCAUUCAGAAAAGAAUACCACGUUCGGUACCAAAAGGAAAGGAAAAGAACUAUAAGUAUAUGAUUUAUACUGAAGAGAUGGAAAAUGAAGAAGACAGAGAUAUGGUUAUGUUGCAUUUAGUCAGAAGAAACAACAAAAGCUUUUACGACCUUGCUAAGAUUUACAAAUCUGACAGAAAUUG